CUCAUUGGCGCACACCGCAGUCAUUCAACAUCUCACCACUGGAUGGGCGGAGAGGCACAAAAAGAUAUCAUUUUCUGCUCGGCUGCUCAGCGGGGAGUAGCUUGUCAUUGACCGGUGGAGCUGCUUGCUUGCAGGGGUCUUUCGGUUUGUCCUGACUGCCGCUGGGCUUCGGAGCUCUUUUGUUUGCUGGCGUUUGCUGAUUUUUUUUUCUGUGCUUCAUGUGGUGAAUAAGGCACUGAAAUGAAGAGAGUAAACAGCUUUCAGAGGUUUAUGAACAGGCGGGCCUCAGCUAACUGCCGCUACCAGCCCACCUGCUAUGAGCAUGCUGCAAACUGCUACACCCAUGCACUCCUCAUCGUGCCAGCCUUCGUGGGCAUGGCGUUGCUGCAUCGUCUGUCAGACAACGGCUGGGAGAGGAUCACAGCCUGGGUGUACGGUAUGGGCCUCUGUGCCCUCUUCCUGGUCUCCACUGUGUUUCAUAUCAUCACCUGGAAGAGGAGCCACAUGAGGUCCAUGGAACACUGUUUCCACGUGUGUGACAGAGUGGUCAUCUAUUUCUUCAUUGCUGCCUCCUACACACCUUGGUUGAACCUUCGUGAACUGGGCCCUCUGGCAGCACACAUGCGCUGGUUUGUGUGGCUCAUGGCUGCUGCUGGAACCAUAUACGUCUUCAACUAUCAUGAAAAGUAUAAAGUUGUCGAGCUGGCUUUCUACUUGAUGAUGGGUUUUUUCCCUGCAUCAGUCAUGACAUCAAUGAGCAACACAGAGGGCCUCCAGGAGCUGGCCUGCGGUGGACUCAUCUACUGCCUCGGCGUGUUCUUCUUCAAGAGCGACGGCCGCAUCCCCUUCGCCCACGCCAUCUGGCACGUAUUUGUGGCGCUGGCUGCGGCCGUGCACUACUACGCCAUCUGGAAAUACCUCUACAAGGCCCGCGGCGCAGACUCCCUCCUCCAGUCGUGACCCCAGCCGAAGGCCGGGUGCCCGAUCCUGCCCCUUCCCCGUGUGCUUCUGAGCAGAGGCGCCUGCACACUGACUCCCUCAACUGCCCGCUGAAGCUGCAAACGAGUUUACAAAAAUAGUGACCAUAAAUUGUUUACUUUUUUUUCUAACGUGGAGAACAGAUUUUUCAGCGUCUCCCUGACAAACAAAAGCUACUUUCCAAGCUGUUUUGUACAACUUCAGUCUAAAAAAAAAUCUUGACAGCAAGGGAGGGAAUUUAGACUUUUUACAAUGAACCCUGGCACAUUCAUGAGUUUUUGGGAAAUUUGAUAGGAUUUUUUUUUUUUUUUAAUCGCUUCAAGUGAGUCACAUUCCACAUUGGAGUCAUUUGUGUGUCAAAACCUGGAGAUUCAUCCAUUUCAGCUGGUGAUAUCAACACGGGGGAUAUCGAGUGAGGUGCUAAAAUAAAAUCAGCUCUUAGCAGUAGCGGGGCUGGGUAUCAUUUGAUAUUUCAGUACCAGUACCAAAUUUAUACUUUUUGAUACAGUACUAUGCUUAUGAGAAACAUAAACACACAAAAAAAAUGUUUUCCAAUUAAUAAAAGAAACCAAAGAUCUUAAAUGUUUUCUAAACACAAACAACUGUACAAGAACAAAUAGUUUGGGGGGCAAAAUUCGAUUGAAAUCAGAAAUCUUAUCCAAGAAUGAUCUACUAAAUAUUUGAUGCCACCUUUUCAUAUUCUGAACCAAAAAGUGUUUUGAAGUUUUAUACCCAGCCCUUGUCUGUGCUCUGCUGGUGCAUUUUGAAGUCGGUAAAAAAUGAAAGAAAUGAUAAGGAAAAGCUCUUUUUUGUUUUCCCAUUUUCAUUAUUAUUAUUAUUUUUUUUUUUUUAAAGUGAUUACAUUGUCAACCCUAUCUGAUCCCCAUCACACACUCUUGACCAAUGCAUGUUUUUUUGUUAUUUUUUAUUUUUUCUGACCAGUAUCCAAAUACAGUCCUCGGUUUUCAGGGAUCUAGCUUGUCCUUUAAGUAUUUAGCGCCCCCUGCUGGUGUAUAAACAGCAUUUCAGGGUGUGUGUGUGUGUGUGUGUGUGUGUGUGUG